CCUCUCUUCCCGGCCUACUUUCGAUCUACGGAAUACGUCACGGUCUUGUGCCGAACUUGGUUGCUCCAGCCAUCGUCGUCAAAGCUCAUCAUGAAUAUGGGCUAGUUUGUGACUAUUCUUAUCCGUCUAAGGAUCAGGAUCAAUGGAGUAAUGUGUCACGACAAGUAGAAAGAGAAUCUGAACGGAGUUAAUAGUGCUCGAGUGCAGGUGUCGUAUUUAUUCCGUAUUGUUGAAGAUUAUUGCGAUCGUGCGCCUGGUAGCAUUGGUGGCGCGGUCCGCGGAUAUUGUAAGAUGAGCCCGGCCUCCCAGGGCGCCCUGGAAGUGGAGCGUUACAUCGGCAGUUGUCUAAUCUCGUCCAACGUGCGCGCCGGACUGCACGGUAAGCCCGUGCCCGUUUGCCGAAAGCAGGAACAACCAGCGACGGUACGCGGCGGCAAGGCGCGCGGCUGCUAUAAUGGAGGGCAGAGUUAUCCCGGGCUGGCCGAUCAGCAGCAAUGUCAGGUGCAAUACGGCGGUCCGGGCGGCUGGACGGGUGCGCCGCUGAUAUCAAUGACGUCUAGUCCGCGCAGGUGUAAUCAACGCUCAUCGCCGUCGCUCGGUCAACAACAGCAGCAACAGCAACAGCAGCAAACGUGCACUGAUCAGCAGCAAGUGCAACCGGGCGGUCAUCUACAUAAAAGUCCCCUAUCAAGGUUGGCGAUUCAUACGCAGGGCGCACCCCUGAUUCUGGCCGGACGAUUUUACAAUCGUGGCAAAGUGCACAGCAAUAACAGCAAUAACAGUGGUAAUUCUAAUGGUAUCACUAAUACACCAUCCUGCGGCAACAUCGCCGGCAAUUACGUUCAUAAUAGCGCGAACCCGUCCAUGACGAGCAACGUGAACGGCGCGACGAGGUGUCCGACGUCGCGAAUCGCACCUCAAAGGCCGAUGGAUGCUACCGCCAAGAAAUCACCAACGACGGUUCCAACUUCGAAUUCCAAGACAGCGGCGACGAACGCCGACUGUUCUUCCGCCACGGCAAAAGAAAACACCGGUUCCUCGAAUAUCGCGAACAUCGACUCGCUGAGUAUCGCGAGCGACGAAAGCUCCGGCUCGAACAAUUCGGAGAACAGUUUGCCUCGCAUCAUCAAGCCUCGCAAGCGCAGAAAGAAGGAUCGCAAACCGCCGAACAACGUCGUCGCGAGUGGCGUCGACGCAGCUAAACCGGAGGAGGCGCAGCGGCAGCAGCCUGCUGGUUGCGGUGCCGCAGCCGGGGAACAAUCCAGCGUCAUCGGUGUAAAAUCGUACGCACCGACUUGUUACGAACCAAGAAUCUAUGAAGCGGCCACGCCGCAUCUCAGGAACUACCGGAGGCCACCGGUCAGCCAUCGUGAGAAUAUCUACGGCGGCUGUAGAGCGCCGUCGAUGCAGACAGAGAUGGCGGACAUUAGGCAGCAACGGUACGCGCACCACCGGCAUCAUGUGCAAGUGAAAGUGUUAGAUGACAACCGUAACGUGAUCGCGGCGCCGAUUCGUGCCACCGCGCCGCCCAAGGGCUAUCGGCAUCAUCACGCCAACGAUAGCGGCAACCUGUCGCGACGUUACGUUCAUGAAUACGCGGGAGAGUCCUGCGAGACUGUUGCCAGAGGGGACAGUUUGGGUCCGUGUCAAUGUCGAUACUGCGACCCGGCCGGCCUGAUUUGGGACGUCGAUCGGAACGGUUACUCGCCGUUCCUGACGACGACAUUGCCGCCGCCACCGCCGUCGUCGUCCGGCGUUGAGUAUUGUCGCAGUAGUCAUUUCGGCCAAAUACCGCUGUUUUUGACGUCGCCGUGUACGAAUCUUCAGGAACGCGCUCUCGACAGAUUGUUCGACGAGCACUCUCGACUGCACGACGACAAUAGGGACACGGGGCCCGUCGCCGGGCCCGGUGGUGUAGUGUUGAGGCGUAGCUGGAGCGAUCCAACGAGUUACUUCAGUUAUGGCGAGGAAAUCACUGCGCCGACGAAGGACGUCGGUGUCAUCGGCGAUCGAGGGGGCCAGUCUGAAAGUGGGAAACACAAACGAGCUCUUUGGCGUGGCGACAGCAUCGGCAGUGCGCCAGCAAGCUCACCAGCGAACGCGAAUGCAGUGGGCCCGAAUGCCGGUGGUGGAUCCAUCGCGUCUCCGAAGGGUCUGGAGGUAUCUACGGAAAUCAUCACGUCGCCCAACGGUCAUCGGGAUCUGGAGAUCAAGUUCUAUUCGUCGCCAUCGCCCGCCGAACGUUUCGCCGAAGAAGACAAGUCGUCAUCGAGUUUCACCGGGGAGGUCGACGACGACGACAACGGAGAUGACGACUUCAGCGAUAUAUGGAGUUACCACGAAUCGAAAUUGCAGCAGGAUUUCCGUACGUUGCUGCAGGCGGAAGAGUGAUGGGUUGUCGUUAUCUAAUCGAAGAUAUUCCCGAGCGCAACGAGCGCUUGCGGUCUCGCGCGGACUCGCCCGGUGGAGUGCGAAGUGAGAGCAAAACGGCAAAUGCCAACGGCAGUAGAACCAGCUUGGAGAAAAGGAAGAGGAGAGUGCGUGGGUGUUGACGACGAGGUAUUUGGCCCCAUUCCGAAACGAAGUGACACGACAGAGAAAUACGGACGAUAUUAACUUCGUCGGCCGUCAUGCGCAAACGAUUCGCGAUUGACGUUCGCCUUAGUCUUACGGUGGUCGCUUUUACGUGUGGUCCGGGAUCUCAAGGGGGUCAGAGCCAAGCGUCCCCGUGCGAACAACGGUGCCGCUAAGCCUCGACAAGACGGCGUCAAAGGCGACAACGAGAAGAGGCUUCUCACCGCUAACGGUGUUCGUAGUAUACGUGACGUGACGUGACGCGCGUGCACGCAAUGCCUCAUGCGACGUGCCGUCGCUCGGUACCGAUGUCGCAUCGACACUCCAUCUGAUGUUCCACGUCCAGCGAAGUGAAAUGACUUCAGCAACCGAGAAACGGUGUCGAUCAGCCUUGUCGCGAGCGUGUUAGUCUUACGGGAUCGGUAGAGCCGUGCACUUGCGCGUGUGUGUACAUGUGUACACGCGAGCGUGCUGAGAUGCGCUAAUGCACGUGACCGUGCUGUCGGGUCUCUUUAGCACAUGAAUUUUCCUUGUAGUAGGUUGUGACACGAUGAUCGGUUAUAUAAUCGGU